AUGCCGCUGACCAGCCAGCUCAUCACCUUUGGCUCCUUUGUCGUCACCACCCAGGUCUUCCACCUAACCCGUCUGUCCUUUGCCAUAGUCAAUCUCAAGCCCCUCCUGCCCGGUCAUGUCCUCGUCUCGCCCCGUCGCGUCGUGCCCCGCUUCAACGACCUGUCUGCUGCAGAGGUCCAUGACCUGUUUCUUGCAGUCCAGCGCGUUUCGCGCAUGGUAGAGCGUGUUUUCGCCGCCUCGUCGCUUAACAUUGCCAUCCAAGAUGGUGUUGAUGCAGGCCAGAGCGUCCCUCAUGUCCACGUCCACAUCAUCCCCCGCAACAAGGCCGACCUCGACCACAAGGGCGGCACCGAUGCCAUCUACGCCAUGCUCGACAGCGACGACGCCAACCUAAGCAAGCAGCUCGAGCAAAAGGCCCGCUUCCCCGCCGUCGACAACGACAGCCGCAAGCCCAGGUCCGACGACGAAAUGCAAAAAGAGGCCGAGUGGCUGGCCCAGGAAAUGGCAAAGGAUGAGCCUCCUUCUUCUGAUGCUGCUCCUCCUGCUGUCUGA